GUUAUUUUCUAUUGGCUUCAGAUAUAAAAACCGACGUCAUUAAUCGGUAAUCCGCCUCCGUUCCACCUUGUAAUUCUCCGCCGCCGCCACCUCCGACGCCGACGACAACGGCGACGACGCUGCGGCAUCUCGUGGCGAAGGCACACAGUGCCUCUUCUUAAGCAACGUCCUUCCCUGGUUUGACAUCGUUGCUCUGCUUGAUCGGCGUGACCUCGGUUUUAAGAUCUUUCGGGACGAGGAGAAGACGAUGGGGACGAGACAAGUUUACGAGGAGAAGCUCCGGGCUGGCAAUCUUCAACAUGACCCGACGAUGAAUCCUGGCUUGGGCUCUGCUCGUUGCCCUCGUUGUCUGUCCCUCAUAAACCCUAAUCCGGAAAAAGGCGAAUGGACCAUCACUUCAGUUUUGCAUGAUGCUGCUAGCGUGGCUGGUUCAGGAGCUGGCGGAUUGCUUAGUGCUAUUCAUAGUAUGAAUUCAGGUAUUCCAUUUAUUCAGCAGCAUGUCAAGGGUCCCAAAUGGUUGCAAUUCUCAGUUGGGAUUCCUUCGCUGCUGUUGUAUUCAGGAGCUAGUGCUGCACUUGGAGCUUACUUGCUUCCAGCGUUCGCUCAACUCAGUGUGUCAUCAUAUUAUGCUGCUUCGAGCGCCUCAUAUUAUGCAAUAUCCCGAGUAACUAAUCAUGUCGAAGGAUCUUAUUUAUCCCAAUCUUCAACAAAAACUUAGUUUUAUCCUUUCCUGGGUAUCAUAAAUAAGUGAUUCUAGAUAAUGAAUGCAUUUGCAACUCUUUUACAUUGUUGUGCCAAUUUUGUUGUUUAUUGAAUACUGGACGGAAUAGUUCGUUGAUUUUAAUUAUGUUUGCUCUCCCCUA